AUGGAGGCGCAAGCCGCGGUGACCCCCAGGCUAUGGGGCGUGGUGAAGCUGCUGGGAACCCUGGUCUUGGUGGCGUCCGCGGCGUCCUCGGUGGGGGGCGAAACGCGCGUGGUGGGGGGCAUGGACUGCCCGCCCCACUCGCAGCCGUGGCAGGCGGCCAUCCUCGACAUGUACAAGCUCUACUGCGGCGGCGUCCUCGUGGCCAAACAGUGGGUGGUGACGGCGGCCCACUGCACCACGCCGGGGAUCACCACCGUCCGCCUGGGCAAGCACAACCUCUACUCGCGGGAGUGGGGGGAGGCGCAGAAGAUGGCGCAGAAGUUCGUGCCGCACCCCAACUACGACCCCACCACCAAGGACAACGACAUCAUGAUGAUUAAGCUCCUGACCCCCAUCACCCUCACCAACAGGAUCCAGCCCAUCCCCGUGGCCUCCUGCCUCCCAGAUCCCGGCACCACCUGCACCACGUCGGGAUGGGGGGCCACCACCUCCCCAGAAGUCUCUUACCCGGACGUCUUGCAGUGCGUCAACGUCACCAUCUUCUCGACGGCCGAGUGCCACCGGUUAUACCCCGGUUCCAUCACCGAGAACAUGCUGUGCGCCGGGAGCCUCCAAGGCGGUAGGGAUUCCUGCCAGGGUGACUCCGGAGGACCUCUGGUUUGCAACGGGACCCUCCAAGGCAUCGUGUCGUGGGGCAUGGAGAAAUGUGGGCAGCCCAAGAGACCUGGUGUCUACACCAAGGUCUGUAGAUACGCCCAGUGGAUCCAGAAGACCAUGAAGGACAACGAGUGA